AUGUAACUUUUUGCCUUCAGCGAUCGUCACGACAUCUAAAACUGUCAAAAACAAUUUAAAGAUCGUUCCAUUGGUUUGAUACAAAAGCAGAAUACGUAUACGUAGGUACUUAAAAAUUAUAUGUAUAGUAGAAAGUUAUUUUCUCUGCACGAGGUGAUGCUACCUCAAAUGAUUGAAAGAUUUUUGCAUUCAUAAUUAUAUUCAAAUAUCAAUGAAAUUUUGCGAUAAUUAAAGCUUCUUCAGGGAUCCAAGGUAACCCUAAUUAACAAGAUGUCAGGUGAAGAAUGUGAUAGCGAAAUGGAUUAUUCCGACUCAGAUUGUGGUGAUGCUGGAUAUGAAGAUUAUUACAAUUUUUGCAGUGAAGAUAAUGACAUUGAUUCAGAUCAGAACAGGAAAGAUCCAGAAUAUGCUGUGUAUGAUUGUUUAAGAGUUGACGAAGUUGAAAGACUUCUAAACGAAAACGUGGAAGUGCUAAGUGAUAGUCUCCAUAUAACACCAUCUUUAGCUAAGGUUUUACUUCAUACACACAACUGGGCUCUACAAGAUGUCCUUAAUAAAUAUCGUAAUAACGCUUCAAGUUUAUUAAUUAAUUCUAAAAUAAAGCCGUCUCAUCCGCCUGAUCCUGCAUCAGCAAUGAAGGCACAAAAAGGUGGACAAUGUUCUGUUUGUGUAACUUUUCAUACUGCUGAGAAAUUUACUACUCUAACAUGUGGACAUGCAUUUUGUAAAGAUUGUUGGUGUAUGCAUUUUGAAGUACAAAUUUUGCAAGGCAUUUCGACAGGUAUCGAAUGUAUGGCACAAGGAUGCGAAGUUCUCGUACCCGAAGAUUUUGUAUUAUCGCUAUUAACAAAGCCUAAUCUGAGAGAUCGGUAUCAAAAUUUUGCAUUUCGUGAUUACGUUAAAACUCAUCCACAGCUUCAAUUCUGUCCUGGACCCAAUUGUCAAAUAGUAAUGCGCUCAAAAGAAUUGCGUGCAAAACGAGUGUUAUGUAUUUCAUGCAAAAGUAUUUUUUGUUUUCGUUGCGGAAUGGAUUAUCAUGCUCCAACAGAUUGUCAUACAAUAAAAAUGUGGCUCACAAAAAGUGCCGAUGACUCAGAAACAGCCAAUUAUAUUAGCGCUCACACCAAAGAUUGUCCAAAAUGCCACAUUUGUAUAGAAAAAAAUGGAGGUUGCAAUCAUAUGCAAUGUUAUAAAUGUAAACAUGAGUUUUGCUGGAUGUGUCUAGGAGAUUGGAAAGCACAUGGCAUUGAAUAUUACGAAUGUUCGCGUUACAAAGAUAAUCCAAAUAUUGCUCAUGAAAGUGUUCAUGCCCAGGCACGAGAAGCGCUUAAAAAAUAUCUUCACUAUUUUGAAAGAUGGGAAAAUCACAGUAAAUCUCUGAAGCUAGAAGAACAAACAUUAGAAAACAUUAAAUCGCGAAUUAACAAGAAAGUUAUGAAUGCCAGUGGUACUUGGAUUGAUUGGCAACACUUAUAUGAGGCAGCAUCACUAUUAGCUCGUUGCCGUUAUACAUUACAAUAUACUUAUCCAUAUGCUUAUUAUAUGGAACCUGGUCCUCGUAAAGAAUUGUUCGAGUACCAACAAGCUCAGCUAGAGGCUGAAAUAGAAAAUUUAUCCUGGAAAAUAGAAAGAGCUGAAACAACUGAUCGGGGAGACUUAGAAAAUCAGAUGGACAUUGCUGAAAAACGACGUGUUACUUUACUUAAAGAUUUUUUAGAGGAUAACAGUAGUGAUAAGUAUAGCGGUGAACAUCAACGAGUUUGAUAACUAAACACACUUUAUAGCGUUCAUAAAGAAUAUGAGUGGUUUUAAUAAAUUUGCGUACUACCCAAUGAGAUUAUCUUGGUUAAGAAUUAUCGUAGACUCAAAGAUAUAGAACACUACAUUUCAAAAUUUGAAAACUUUAUUGAUAAAUUGAAAGCAGUGCAGAGAUACUCAUCGUAAUUGAAGUUUUUUGUCUUUCCUGGGGAGUUAUUGUUUUUCUUAUGAAAUUUGACAGAAGUUUAUUGGAUCUUGAGUGCCAAUAAUUAACUACAUAAUCAAUUUUAUUUAAAAAUUGAAAACUUAAUAAUGUGUGUUGUCGUUUUAAUUGUGAAUUACUCUUAGCAAAUAUUGUUAAAUAACAAGAUAAUUUUGUUAGACACAUUAAUUUUUAAUAAUAUUUUCCUAAAUAAUUUUUUUGAAGAUAUGACAUAAGCAAUAGAUCUUCAAUAUUUAAGUUUGAUUGAUAGGUAAAUUUAAAAGGGACAUUCAGUAGAAAUUUUACUAGUUGUGAUUGAGAUAGGCUUAAGUAAUUGUGAUAAUUUAUCAUAAUAACAUACAUAUGUAAAUAUGAAUGUCAAUUUUACUGUAUAAAAUUAGCUAACUUUUCAAAUUACAUUACUAGACAAUUCCAGAUAAACAAUUAUUUGAAAAGUUAUUUCUCAUUAAACAAUUACAAUUUGUGACAAAUAAUAAUGAGGGCUAUAAUUAGAACUAACUUAAUUAUUGGUUGUUUUUUUUCUAUCUACUAUUUUAUUUAUAAUUGUUAUCAAUUUAUUAGUAACAAUAUAAUCAUCACUACAACUU